AUGACAGUUGCACAGUUUGUCGGCAUUCCAUCCGAAGAACCAAAGACAUCGACGUCAAGCAAAGCGCCUUCCGGAACCGAUCCGGUGGUGAACCCGUACCAAAUUCCAUUCAACCCGAGUGGAGUUUAUCCGAAGCUGACGAUUCCGAUUCCUACCGGAUUCCAUCCGGUGCUGAAGCCGUUCCGAACGCCACCAGGAUUCCAGCCCAUACCGAAGCGAAUCCCGAAGCCAACCGGAUUGCCUCCGGUGUCCCAGAAUCCGACCGGAUCCCUUCCGGUACCACAGCCGCCCCAGUGCAAGGCCGGUUCCCUUCCGGCAAACCAGCAGCAACGAACUCCGACCGGUCUCCUUCCGGUAUCCCGACAGUUGCUGUCCGUGACCGAAUCCAGUUCGGAAGCCCCAUCGCUCCAGUGUAAGGCCGGUUCCCUUCCGGCAUUCCAACCGAAACAGAAUCCGACCGGUGUCCUUCCGGUAUCCCAGCCGUUCCAGACUACGACCGGUUCCUAUCCGGUACCCCAACAGUUCCAGCGCGUGACCGGAUCCCAUUCGGCAACCAAUCCGAUCCUAAGGUCUACCGGGGCCAGUCCGGUGGUCGAUUCCGCCCUGAUGCCCGUCGAUACCCUUUCGGCGGCCAAGACGAUCAAGAAUUCUAUCGGUACCCGUCCGGUGAAUAACUCCGCCAUGGUGUUCGUCGGUUCCAGUCCGACGGUUAAACCAAACAAGAUGUCCAUCGGUGCCCGUCCGAUGGUCAUGUCCAACGAGAUGGCUGCCGGUUCCUGUCCGGUGGUCAACCUAACCAAGAUGCCCAUCGGUGCCCGUCCGAUGGUCAAGUCCAACGAGAUGCCUGCCGGUUCCCGUCCGGUGGUCAAUUCCAACCAGGUGUCUGCCGGUUCCUGUCCGGUGGACAAGCCACUCCUGAUGUCCGCUGGUGCCAGUCCAGUGGGCAAGCCUUGCCUGCGUCCAUCGUCUAUCGGUACCAGUCCGGUAGUCAAGCCAACAGUCGAUAUCCGUUCGGCGUCCAAGAUGUCUGCCGGUUCCCGUCCGGUGCUCAAGUCGCACGAGAUGCCUGCCGGUUCCCGACCGGUGGUUAAAGCCAACCUGGUGCCCAUCGGUUCCCGUCCGGUGGUCAAGUCCUCCCAGAUGUCUUCUGGUUCCAGCUCGGUAGACAAGCCACUUCUGAGGUCCGCUGGUGCCAGUCCAGUGGACAAGCCGAUCCUGCGCCCACCGUCUAUCGGUACCAGCUCGGUAGUCAAGCCAACCGUCGAUACCCGUUCGGCGGCCAAGACGCCCACGAUGUUUGCCGGUCCUCCUCCGGUAGCCUCGCCGAAUCCGAUGCCCAUUGGAACCAGCCCGGUGGGCAAGUCCGAUCCGAUAUCCGUCGAUUCCAGUCCGAUGGUCAAGCUAGCUCCGAGGUCUGCUGGAACCUGUCCAGUAGACAAUUCCGCCCUCAAGUCCGCCGGUUCGUAUCCGGCAACCGAACCGAAGUUGAUGCCCAUCGGUGUCCGUCCGAUGGUCAGGUCCGUCCAAAUGUCCGCCGGUUCCUGUCCGGUGGUUAAGCCACUACCGAAACACACUGGUACCUGUCCAGUGCGAAAGCGAGUUCUGACGUCCGCCGGUGCCCGUCCGGUGACGAAGUCCAUCAUGAUGGCCAUCGGUACCUGUUCGGUGGUCAAGCUGUCCUCGAAGUCCGUCGGUACCUGCCCGAUGGCCACGACGUUCCUGAAGCUCGUCGGCACCAGUCCGAUGAUCAAGCCCAAGCCGUUUCCGAAGUCCACUGGAACAAGUCUAGUGGUGAAGCCGACCGAGACGUCCGCCGGUAGCAGUCCGGCAGCCAAGCCCUUCGUAGUGUCAACCGGUCUCUACCCGGUAACCAAGCCAUCGCUUAUGUUCGCUGGAAGCCGUUCAGUGGACAAACCCGUCCCGAAGCCUGCCGGUACCCGUCCGGUGACCAACUCAAGCCUGACGUCAACCGGCACUCCUACAGUGAACCCGCCGGUGCUCCUUCCUGUGAUGUUAGCUGGCAUCCCUCGACCAGUGAAACUAAUCCCGAAGAUCGCGACGUGUCCAACCAGGAAGCUACCUCCAACGACAGCCGGAGUCCAUCCGGCACUCAAGCAGAUCCAGAGUCUGGAAGAACGAGUCCCAAGCCCGAAGACAGCCGGAACCCGUCCGGUAGUUAGAGAACCUCCCGAGAAGAAGAACUGGAUCGUGGUGUUGUCGAUGAUGAACCAACCACCACUGGAUCCGACGCCGGUCAGCCUGACUGGUGAAUAUAAGCAAGUUCAUUUCAACCCGUGGCCGAGGAAGCCACCCGAUGAACCACCCAAGCGUAGCAGACCCAGCGAAGCUAUCCUGGAGCGCGUGUCCCGAGCGCGUUCACCAAAUGACCCGAAGAAAGACGGGCCAGACGCCACAGGUGAGCAAACAUUCGAUCUGUGGUGUGUGAAUUCCCUAUCCUGGCUUCAUGUGGUUCCCCCAGUCCUCCGUUGA